ACCAGAUCCGCGGCACGCGCCAGCCUCGCUGAUGGUGCGCCUCACCACGUCCGUCCUCUUCCUCCACCUGUCGCCACCUGGGCGCGAGGACGGCGUCCUGCUGCGCUGCGUGAUGUUCGACUGGUUCCGUCUCGGAGCGACCGAGGUCGUCCGGGCCCCAGCCGCAGUCAAGGUUAGGCGGUACUACUCCACCUUCCCCGAGGCGGCGUCCGCAGUCGCGGUCGCCCUCUCUGGACGGCGGAGUUGCUACUGGAAGGAGUACAUGGUGUACGUGCGCUGCGACCUCCCCCAGCCCUUCACCAGCGCGCCCGGAUGCGGCACCCUCCAGUGCGACUUCUGCCUCGACGGCCAGUCGAUGAUCGCCACGCACGCCUCGCCGUCGCUCGCGGCGCUCGAGGUGACGUCUCUCUCCUCGGACGACGGCUCGGGCGAGUGGGUGGAGGCCGGGCUGCUCCGACCGUUUGUGCCGCGUGGCACCGCGCCGGCCAUCGUCGCGCGGCGGGUGGCCGACGACAUUUCAAAGCGGAAGCAUCACAUGAGCCACAGCAACGCCGGCUCGGCGCACAGCUCGUCCGGCUCGACCUCGGCCGCCUCCUCGAGCUCCGCCUCCGCCGCGAGCACGGCCGACGGCCGCCUGCCCGUCCGGCCGGGCGGCAGGGUGCGCUUCCGGGUUGGCGGCCUCGUCUUUGUCGACUGGCACCGGCGCGGCACCGGUGCCCCGGCGCCAAGGCACAACCUCCCGUGGCAGGUUGCCGCCGCCGAGUACGUGCGGAUGCCGGCCGGCCGGACGGAGCGCCGCACCGAGAGGAGCCCUCUCGAUGUGACGCUCACGCCGUGGGGCGCCGCGCGGCGCGAGGAGGACUCCAUCGUCGUGCCGCGCGGCUGCCUCGUCAAAUUCGAAGGGGGCUUCGCGACGGCGUGGCACGCGGCACGCCCGGAGCAGCGCGAGCUGCUGAUGCGGGCGCUCGAGUACGAGGUUCAGCUCAAGAGGCAUCACAGGCCGGGCAGCUGCCCGGGGGUGGAGAAGAUCUGGGCCAGCAUGAUGGGCGACGAGCCCCUGCCCCCGCCCGCACCCGGCACGGAGCCGCCGACCUAGCGCACGGGGCGCGCGAGAGGGGGGAUUUCCGCGCUCUCGGCGCUCGGCUCGCGCGCCACACACACCCCUCUGGGUCCCCACAGAGAGAGGCACACAUCCGGCACGACCCGCAAUGUCACAACGAAGUGACAAAGUGUGUGUGACAAGAGAGGGGGUGUGACGGCGCGCGAUGUCUUCGGAAUAUCCACUGAGACGCU